CGCACUGCACCCGGCUUCCGCAUUGGGAGCCGGCAGUAGAACCAGGGACGCAGAGAGCUGGUGUCCCGGCUGCGGGGCGGCCCGCCGUCCCGGGGUGGGGAUGCACAGGCGCGGGGUGGGAGCUGGCGCCAUCGCCAAGAAGAAACUCGCCGAGGCCAAGUACAAGGAGCGAGGGACCGUCUUGGCCGAGGACCAGCUGGCCCAGAUGUCAAAACAGUUGGACAUGUUUAAGACCAACCUAGAAGAAUUUGCCAGCAAGCACAAGCAAGAGAUCCGCAAGAACCCUGAGUUUCGAGUCCAGUUCCAAGAUAUGUGUGCUACCAUUGGGGUGGAUCCUCUGGCCUCUGGAAAAGGGUUUUGGUCUGAGAUGUUGGGUGUUGGCGACUUCUAUUAUGAGCUGGGCGUCCAGAUUAUCGAAGUGUGCCUGGCCCUAAAACAUCGGAAUGGAGGUCUGAUAACUCUGGAGGAGCUACAUCAGCAGGUGUUGAAAGGAAGGGGCAAGUUUGCUCAGGACGUCAGCCAAGACGACCUGAUCAGGGCCAUCAAGAAGCUGAAAGCGCUGGGCACUGGCUUUGGCAUCAUCCCCGUGGGCGGCACUUACCUCAUUCAGUCUGUUCCAGCUGAGCUCAAUAUGGAUCACACCGUUGUGCUGCAGCUGGCAGAGAAAAAUGGGUACGUGACUGUCAGUGAAAUCAAAGCCAGUCUCAAGUGGGAGACGGAGCGAGCACGGCAAGUGUUGGAACACUUGCUGAAGGAAGGCCUAGCCUGGCUGGACCUGCAGGCUCCCGGGGAGGCCCACUACUGGCUGCCAGCUCUCUUCACAGAUCUCUACUCCCAGGAGAUCUCAGCUGAGGAGGCCAGAGAAGCCUUCCCUUGACAGAGUGUGGAGAGGACAACAGCAGCAGCCAGAAGGGGACCUGCCUGUGAAUAAACCUGGACAAUUUUGUUUAUAAAAAAA